UAACAUCCUCAACAUGUUUACUUGCCAAACAUGGAGACAAAGAGCUUGUGACAUUGUAUGAUCAAUUAUUUUCUUAAUAUGUGGCCACCUUUACAAUAAUUUCUAAGUUUAAACGUUAAUCAACACCAAUCAACUCCUCCCUCUUCACCACCGCCAACUCUCCACCAAUUGGGUGAUGGCUGCUUAUGGAGCUGCCGUUUCUCUCAAGACUACCAUUCAGAGUCUUCUUGAAUCGUCUCGCAUCUCGCUGGUUCCUCCCUCUUCUGAGAUCUUACGAUCUGCCUAUGAUGCCAUGUGUCGUCUACAAAAAGUCCUGCUGAAAUUGGAGGAGACAGGGUACAGCAAGAUCAGGACGAAGGUGAACGUUUUGGAUGAGCGAAUCAAAGAGGUCAUAUGGGAAUUCGAAGAUUUACUUGAAUCCCAUUACGCUGAUCAGAUUCUUCCACAGCUCGAAGGCGAGAGAGAUCGCUUGUCUUUCUCUGUAGAUAUGCAGAGUUUGCGGCAGAGUGUUGAUUGCUUCAUCGAUAGGGUGAAGGUAAUGGAGGCAGAGUACGAUAUUGAACUGCGGAAUAUGCCUGAUGAAGAAGGUGAACGUCUUUCCUCAAGAAUUGAUUUCAGUGGAAUCAACUCAGAGAUGGUUGGAUUAUCCGACGAAUUUGAACAAGUUAGGGAUCGUCUGAUCAAAGAUGAAGAGAAUUGUUUACUAGUAACUGGGAUGGCAGGGGUUGGAAAGACUACUCUUGUUAAGAAAGUAUUUGACAAUCCAUCGAUUCAGACACAUUUUGAGCUUCGAGCAUGGGUCAAAGUGGGCAGAAAAUGUGAGUCCAAUGAGACAUUAAGAUGCAUUCUAGCUCAAGUGGAUCCCAACAACUAUGACCAAAUGCUUACCCAAAGAGACGAUGAUGAUAUCGAGAUAUUAGUUGGACUCUUAGAAGACAGUGUGAAGGAUAAGAAAUGUCUCAUUGUGUUGGAUGAUGUAUGGCUAUGGGACACACAAGUCAUGAGAACCUUGCAAGAAAAGAAUGUCCGAAUUUUGCUUACAAGCAGGCUAAGAAUUGAAAAUUCUCAAUUUUUUCUUGAAGUAGACUUGUUGAAUAAAGAAGAAAGUAAGAGAUUACUUGGUGUUUCGGUGAAAAAGGUUUCCCACCUUACCUUGAGGAAUUGGGAGAAAAGAUAGCACAAAAAUGCGAAGGUCUUCCACUUAUGAUAGUUACUGUUGCAGAUCUCCUAAGAAAAGCCAACAAGGGUACAGGGGAAGAGCUUAACAAAAGUACCCAAGAAUAUUGGACUGAGGUAGCUGAAAAACACCAAAAUUCAGUCUUUGCGGAUGCAUAUAAUCGAAUAUCAAAGGUAUUUUUCCCAAGCUAUGACUACUUACCUCAAAUUUUGAAAAUGCUUUUUCUCUACUUGCGAGCUUUCCCCUCAUAUACGAAUUUUAAACCAGACAAGGUCAUUUGGUAUUUAAGUGCUGAGGGGUUUUGUGAACAAAUUGGAAAAAAAAAUUUGGAUGAGGUUAUAGAUGGAAUGAAGACUUUGAGAAUAUUUGUGUUCGGCAUCCUGAGAGAGCUUGCUGAUAAUUAUCAUCUUCUUCUAUUUGAUUAUGAUGCAGCAUCUUGGUUUUCAACUAGAAAAUGUCGUGUGCAUUCUUGCUGGCAGCACUUGUGUAAGAAUGAAGCUAGUAAAAUCAUGUUUUUGCAUGUUUUACAAAAUUGUGAUGAAGUUAUGAAAGACCAACGUCGGUUGUGUGUCCAUUCCAACACUUUAUUUGCCAUCAAACAAGUGUCUGAUUCAAUAAAAAGUGACUGUUCUUUGAUUCGUUCUUUCCUUUGUCAUGGUCCUACCCACCCUUAUCCAGUGCCAAUACAUGCCACGGAUUUCAAAUUGCUCAGGGUACUGAAUGCUCGUAAGGUUCGAUUUUAUGAUAUCCCACCUGAAAUUCUAAAACUAGUUUGUCUAAAGUAUCUUGCCCAGACUUGCAGCAAAGAGCUCCCUAGUUCAAUUUCCACCCUUUUGCACCUUCAAUUCUUGAUUAUCUUUCGACAUGUGGCCAUUAUAAAACGUGGAGUUAUGCAGUAUAUGCCAAUGGAAAUAUGGGAUAUGCAAAACCUUCAAUAUCUUCAAGUCGUGGAAAGAGACCUACCAACCCCCAAUUCUGAAUCUAAUGCUAUUUUGGAAAAAGUCUCUAUUAUUUUAGGCGUGGGUAUAAAGAGUUGCACUGUAGAAAUUCUUAAAAGAGUCCCGAAUUUAAGGUUACUAUCCAUUAUUAGUGUUAGGAAGCCUUAUGAUGAAGAUGAUGAUAGCAACUCAUUAAGUGGCUUGGCUAAUAUUUCAGAGGAACUCAAGAAUUUGAUAUGUCUUACAUACGAUGUAUGGUACCCAGAUAUGAAUUGGAAGAGUACGGUUCCUCUUUCGAUGUUCCCAUCAAAUCUUAUAGCAUUGAGUUUGAGUGGUUUAGGGUAUCAUUGGAAGUUUAUGAACGACAUUGGUUCGAUGCUACCAAAUCUUAAUGCCCUUGAACUAAAAGAUUAUGCCUUUCGAGGGCCAAAGUGGAAUAUAGAAUCGAUUCGUUUUUUCAACCUUCAAACACUUAUAAUUGAAGACACUGAUUUGGUGGAAUUGAGAGCUCAAGAUGGAAGCCUCCCUUGGCUUAAGCUCCUAAGCCUGAGACAUUGCUACAAAUUAAAACAUCUCGAUUGGUUGUGUGGUAACUCAGUGGAAACACCUGUAAUUGAAUUAGUAGACUGCAAUCCCUUAGUGUAUGCAUCUGCCGAGGAAAAAUUAUCAGAAUAUCACUUUGAUAUUCGUAGCCACCGUUCUUAUUGUGAUGAUAAAUCGCAGGCAAAUGAGAGGACAAAAUAAUGGGUCAGUUGUCUCAUUAUCCCAUCUUUUCAAGUGUAUUAUCAUGUUGUUUUCUGAAUUCAAGGUUAGUAAUUUGUUGGAUUUUGUUGAGAAUUAUGUAACCUUAAUGUAGAACAAAACUAUUCAGUUAAGUUUCUGUUAAAACACAUUACAUGCUUUUUUCCCUAGUUCAGUAUUCUCCGCAUUAUGCAUGAUUUUCACUUUGUUUUGAUUGUAUAUUGAAUUAGUUGAUGCGUUUUUUAUAUAUUUGAUGAUUAUUUUGAAAUUGUAACUUGUUUAGCUAUUAAUUUGUGUAGUAGUUAAUUCAGGAACUUGUAAUAGUAAGUUGGACCAUUAUUUUUGUUAUCGCAUUCUGUCAUUGUUGGAGCUGUACAUACCCAACAACUCCGUGUUUGUGGCUGCGUUUCUGGUGCGAUGAAGGUUUACGGUGAAGGAUAUUGUAUUAUGGAACUCUGUUCUUGCUGCAAAUGCUAGAAAACGGGGCGCUUGAUUAGGCAUUCACUGUUUUUAGUCGAAUGUCUAAUCCUGUGCAGCGAGCUUAUUGAUGGAAUUGCUAUAUCUAUACUUUCAAGGAUGCUAAUUGCCAAACCCGAACUUGUUUUCUUGGAACACGGUCAUAACAGGGGAAGAGGCGAGGUUUUUCUCCAAGAUGCACUCAUGUAGUGUUCGUAUGGAUGAGUUCACGUUUUUAAGUGUUUUUAGCAGCAUUGCUGGACUGUCUUCCCUCGAGCAGCUUGCCGAUGAAGCAUAUGACGCAACUGAUCAUGACG